CGCCUACUUUUUCUUCUUAAAUGUUGGAAAAUUUCCGUGUUUGUUAAAACUUAAAAGAUCAAUUGUAUAAAGUUGGAGUCUUGGAUUUUGAUAUUUGUGCUGUGGUAAAUACAAUUCUUGAUUAUAAUUUUUUUAUAGUUAAAGAGAGAGAGAGAGAGAGAGAGAGAUGUCAGCUGAUCUGGAAUCUAUAUCAGAAGCAACUUCUGGAGCAAUUGGAGCUCUAGUAAGCACUAGUAUUUUGUACCCUCUUGAUACCUGUAAAGCUAAGUAUCAAGCUGAGGUUCAAGCUCAUGGUCUCCGUAAAUACAGGAAUCUCUCUGAUGUUCUACUGGAGGCAAUAUCAGGUGGUAAGAUACUGUCACUGUACCAAGGUCUGGGAACCAAGAACUUGCAAUCUUUCAUUGCCCAGUUUGUGUAUUUCUAUGGAUAUAGCUACUUUAAGAGACUCUAUUUGGAGAAAAGUGGUGCCAAAUCCAUUGGAACAAGAGCCAAUUUGUUAAUUGCAGCUGCAGCUGGCGCUUGUACAGCCAUAACAACUCAGCCACUGGAUACCGCUUCCUCAAGGAUGCAGACAAGUGCCUUUGGGAAAUCGAAAGGCCUUUGGAAAACACUUACAGAAGGUAGUUGGAGUGAAGCAUUUGAUGGCCUUGGGAUUUCUUUACUAUUGACAUCCAACCCUGCCAUUCAGUAUACAGUUUUUGAUCAACUUAAACUACGAUUGCUGAAAGGUAAAGAGAAGACAACGGAAAAAGAUGCAUCCCCUAUUGUACUUUCUGCAUUCUCAGCUUUUGUAUUAGGUGCAGUGUCAAAGAGCAUAGCCACUGUUCUAACCUAUCCAGCGAUCAGGUGUAAGGUCAUGAUUCAAGCAGCAGAAGAUGAUGAGGCUAAGAAUGCUGAACCGAAAUCAAGUAAGACAAUCAGUGGUGUCAUAUGCUCUAUCUGGAAAAAAGAAGGAAUCUUGGGUUUCUUCAAGGGAUUACAUGCUCAAAUUCUCAAAACGGUGUUAAGCUCAGCAUUGCUUCUAAUGAUAAAGGAAAAGAUCUCUGCCACAACGUGGGUCCUCAUACUUGCACUUAGGAGAAUUCUGCUGCUCAGGCAGAGAAGGCUAAAAAGUGCUUAAAUUAUGAUCAUCUGAGCUAUGUGUGAAAAAUCACUUUUGAUGAGAAAUUAGAAGAAAGAAAGUUAAACUGCAAGGUUGCAAUUUAAGUAGUUAGUUUCAAGGGGGAGAAGAUUCCUUGUUAAAUGGCGUUCAGGUCCAUGGAAUAGAAGCGAAUAAUCUGACAAGAAAUAUUUAUUUAUUUACUUAAUAAUGUUAGAAUAAUCUUGUUACAGAAUCUCUUUUUAGUUAUUCUGAAAAAAUUAGAUCCUUCUGAAGAUACGGUGCGGCAUGCUUGGUCUUGCUUUCAAAGUUCAUUGUGAUAUCUUCUCUUGACGGGAUUCUUGUAAGCAGUGUACUUGCCUAACCAUUGGAGAAGGAUACGAAUAGGGUCUGUAUCUUAUUAUAUUCCAAAUAUAUUCUUGGAUUUAUAUGAAAUAGCAUCUUGGAGAUAUCUUUUGUGUCCUUUUCUUUGUUCCGUGGUACAGAGGGAAUGUGCUUAAACAAAAGGCUUCGUUGAAAUUACAAUAAAGAAGGCUAAUACCUUUCUUUUCCUA